AUGCAGCUCUUCUGUGACACGCUGUCGAUCGAGGUCUGGCGCAAUUGCAAGAGGCACCUGUGCUGCCUGAAGUGCGCCAAGCGAUUCAGCGACUGGCGCUGCUUGCGCAAGCACAUGAACUUCUUUUGCCAGAUCGAUCCCCUAUAUCAGUGCCCGUACUGCAUCUACAGGGCGCGUAAUAAAAGAGCUGCAAUGGUCAAAAAAGAAAUUUUAAAGGGCUCUAGUGAUCUGUUCCUGAUAUCGUCGUCGAAGCUGCUGAACACGAGCGCGACCUCGUCGACGCCGGGCACCCCGGCCAGUCAGAGUCCCGCGAGCGCGAGCGGCGGCGCGUCCGAGCCCCAGCAGCACCACAAGUGCAAGCACUGCGGAGCGACUUAUCAGGUGCGCUCGAUGCUGGAGCGACACUUGGCGCGCACCUGCAAGCGGGUGCCGCGCUCCGAGAUCUACCAGUGCAACUUCUGCGCCUAUCAAAGCACAUACAAGGCCAACAUCGAGCGUCACGUGCGAAAUCUCCACGACACCAUGCAGGCCGACUACAAGUGCGAGCUGUGCGACUUCAAGAGCAAGUACCUCUACUGCGUGAGGCGCCACAUGAAAACCUUUCACCCCCAGUAA